AUGGUGUCGUUGAAGUUGCAAAAGCGUUUGGCUGCCAGUGUCCUCAAAUGUGGGAAGGGCAAGGUUUGGCUAGACCCAAAUGAGACAAAUGAAAUUUCCAUGGCCAAUUCAAGUAAGGCUUUUCCUUUUAAAAAAAAAAACUAAAAAAAAUCAUUUUUUCAAAAUCGAUCUGUUUUUUUUCAUGUCUGUUUUUUUAAUAAAAAAGCAUUGCUUUUCAAUCUUUCCUUCUUAUCAUGCUGGACAUAUAUGGAUCUAAUCAAGAAGACGAACCCUAAUUUCUCAUUGUCUGUUUUAAUCGUAUUUGUUUGCACGGAUGAUCUGGAACAUGUGCAUGAUUAUUCAUUCCCUUUGCUCUCGUCCGACGAACAGGGCAGAACAUAAGGAAGCUCGUGAAGGAUGGGUUUGUCAUCAGGAAGCCGACGAAGAUCCACUCCCGUUCUCGGGCCCGGCGAGCCAUGGAGGCGAAGAGGAAGGGGAGGCACUCGGGGUACGGUAAGAGGAAGGGUACCAGGGAGGCGAGGCUCCCCACGAAGAUCCUUUGGAUGAGGAGGAUGAGGGUCCUGCGACGGCUGCUUCGCAAGUACCGGGAGUCGAAGAAGAUCGACAAGCACAUGUACCACGACAUGUACAUGAAGGUGAAGGGUAACGUCUUCAAGAAUAAGCGGGUGCUGAUGGAGAGCAUUCACAAGUCCAAGGCGGAGAAGGCCAGGGAGAAGACCCUGUCUGAUCAGUUCGAGGCAAAGAGGGCGAAGAGCAAGGCUAGCAGGGAGAGGAAGAUCGCUCGAAGGGAAGAGCGUCUGGCCCAGGUACGUCUCUCUCCUCCCCUCCCCCAUCUACCACCCCAGUGCUGCUCUGUGUUGUUGUUCUACGACUUACCGGGGAUGAGCUCAACAGGGCCCCGGGGAGAAGCCAUCGGCUCCUGCGUCUGCGCCGGAAUCAGCCGCGCCUCCUCAGACUGCCGGGUAAGCUAGCUGGGCUCGAUUCCUUUCCUUUUUUAGGUAUGACUGAAUCUGGGUUAAUACUUUUUCUGGUAAGCAGGGCUGGGAAGAAGGGAAAGAAGUAG